GCUUGAUUGGGCUCACCUCUCCAUACAUAGCGGGCCCUUAACAGUUCCGUCAGCAGUGGAUCGGAUUAAAUGAUUGAUUUGAUACGAAGUAGAAAACAAAACAAAUAAGUCAACCACGGUGGACCACCCAAACCACCUACACAACAGUGACCACUGGCUCUGGGACACUCGCAUAAUAUACCCCAUUUCAUCCUAGCCCAAAAGAAUCACAGCACUAAACCAUCUAUCUACACAUCCAUGUCCACGCCAAUGUCUGAUGACUCUCCGGCGCAAGAAUCCGAGAACCCUCUCCUGCGCGCCUCGAACCCAUUGGUCUCUGAUCUUGAACAAGAAGUUCUAGAUGAAUACUCUCGGUUGUUGGGCAAUGUGAACAAGCUAUCUGAGAAACUCGCCGAUCUCUCUGGUGAUCCCUCGUCUCUCACUCUCGACGGCCUCCGACUCCUCGAAAGGAAGACUGCGACGGUCUGCACGCUUCUCAAAGCGAGUGUGUACAGUAUUGUACUCCAACAGCAGAUCUUUAAUGAGAAUGAGGAGCAGCAACAGAUGGAGCAACAAGGCAACCCUAUGCAAUAUCAUGAUCAGGGAUAUGAUUUUCAGGAUGAGGAUGUGAGUUUUGAUGGGCGGUAUACUUGAUCUUCGUUCACCUUAUGGGUGUGGGUCGGGUUUUUGUGAAUAUUAAAUUUGCAUAUAUGGGUGUGGGCGAUGGGUAUACCCCUUUGUUUUAUGUGGGUUUUCAUUGGUGUGGUGUUGGGAUUAAAGAUGGGUAUUUACG